CCCGGAAGCGGCCGGGGCGCUUCCUCCCCCCAGCCCCGCCCGGGCAGCCGGAUUUGUUCUUGUCCUUCUCAAUGGAGACUGCCUGCACAGAUCAAUAAUGAGGACCAGCCCUCGCAGGCCCUUAAUUCUCAAACGAAGGAAACUGACCCUCCCGCAGAAGGAUGCACCCAGCGCUUCAGCCAGAGACGAGCCCGGCGGUCAGGGGAAAAAGACUCCUAAGCAGGAGCACAGCCAAAGGGACCAACUUGGCAACCAACCCAGGCUCAGAGCGGACUGUGGCCUGCAGAAAUUCCCUGCGGGAAUAAAGAUCAUCAAUCACCCUACUAUGCCGAACACGCAAGUGGUGGCCAUCCCGACGAGCGCCGACAUCCAGAGCAUCAUCGAGGCACUGACAGCAAAGGGAAAGGAAAGUGGCAGCAAUGGGCCCAACAAGUUCAUUCUCAUCAGCAGCGGGGGCUCCUCUCAUGCAGCAGAGCCAGCCCCGCUGCAGCACCUCCCGUCACAAGCAAAAGCCAGAACAGCACCCGGCGAGGCGGAGAGGUGGGACAGGGAGAAGCACGUCAUGCAGGGCGCUGGUUUUGCAGCGGGGACAAUGCUCUUGCACUCGGGAAUUGAUCCCAUGGUCGGGCAGGAGCAGGAAGGCAACGGCAGCAGUGAGGCAACUAGCCCUGUGUUGGAUAAUAGUCUCACUAACAUCCAGUGGCUGGGGAAGAUGAGAUCCGAUGGGCUGAGCCCAUGUCCUGUGAAGCAGGAGAGAGAGAAGGAAAACCGGACACCGCUUCAGGAACGAACCAAGGAUUCAGUAUCGGAGCGACCCCCUUACUCCUACAUGGCCAUGAUCCAGUUUGCCAUCAACAGCACUGAGAAGAAACGGAUGACUCUGAAGGACAUCUAUACCUGGAUUGAAGAUCAUUUCCCUUAUUUUAAACAUGUGGCUAAGCCAGGUUGGAAGAACUCCAUCCGGCACAACCUGUCCCUUCAUGACAUGUUUGUCCGUGAAACCUCUGCUAAUGGUAAAAUCUCCUUUUGGACUAUCCACCCUGAUGCCAACCGUUGCUUGACUUUGGACCAGGUCUUUAAGCCACUGGACUUGGGGUCACCAACAUCGCCUGAGCACUCUGAAUCACAGCAAAAGCGACAUGUUCAAGAUCUCCAGAAGAACAUGGGAAGCAGCAGCAGCAAAACCGAGCCUCAUAAUGCACGACGAAAGAUGAAGCCAUUGCUUCCUCGCAUCAACUCCUACCUGGUCCCGAUCCAGUUUCCUUUGAGUCAGCCUCUUGUCUUGCAGCCUUCUAUGAAGGUCCCUCUAUCCAUGGCACAAGGGACAUCCCUCAACAGCGCAGAGUCCGUCCGGAGCAAUAAGCGUGUGCGCAUUGCUCCAAAGAUGUGUCUCUCUGCUGAAGAGUCAUCCUCUGUACCAAUGACUGCUGUCAAGGAGGAGAGUCAAUGUGACGAAAGUUUAUUUGCCCCAGCCCUCUCUCUGAAGGAGAGCAGCUCCCAGCCUGGGGAGGAGUCGGUGCCUUUCCCCGAAGCCCUGUGCGUCAAGGAGGAGCAGGGCUCCCAGCCGGACGACUCUCUGUCUCCAUUCCCCUCAGCCUUACCCGUAAAGGAAGAGCCCAGCUCCUUCCUGCCGGGCUCAGCCACCAAGCAGAAGAAACACUUCACCCUGCUGAAGUCCCCAUCCAAGGGCGUUUCCGACACACUCGUUAUAAAGAGGCGGGAGAGGCGGGAAGCAGGCAGAUCCCGAAGGAAACAGCGCCUCGCGCUGCCUUGCUCCGAGGAGCCGCUGCUCGUUUUGCCGGAGGGCAGUGACUACAGCACUUUCCGCUUAGGGGCAGACGUUCCCUUCCUGCAGGAAAGCCAGGCCCUGGAGAACGUAUCGCAGUUCAGCUGCUCCCAGGAGGAAGAGGGGCCCUUUAAAACUCCCGUCAAGGAGCUGUUCAGCAAGUUGCCAGUUUCUUCCACUCCCAGCAAAGUCCCAGCUACGACCCCUCCACUAGGGUGCCUUGAUCCCUGGAAACCCGCGUCAUUAGCCAAGGAAAGUAAUGAACUGGACUUCAGCCCAGUGAGAACCUUCCAGUUGUCCUUCACGCCUCUCCGAGAGAACCAGGACUUGCUGGGUUUUAACAGCACUCCUCCUAAAAAUCCCCUUUUUGAGUCCCCUCGGGAACUGCUCAAUACGGAAUCCAGUGAAAUGAUGCCCGGCCCCCUUACAAGCUCCCCCUCUUUCAUUCAUGAAUCCACCAAACAGUCAUCUGUGGAACUGCCGGCCUCUGGCCUUACUGAAAACCGGUCGCUCAUGGAAGGCCUGAUUCUGGACACCAUGAAUGACAGUCUGAGCAAAAUCCUUCUAGAUAUCAGCUUUCCUGGUCUUGAAGAUGAAAACCUAGGAACAGACAUUAGUUGGUCUCAGCUCAUACCUGAGCUGAAGUAAACUGGCCCGAGGGCUGAAACUGGCUUAUGGUGACGUUAUGGAAAGCACUCUCCUCCUCUGAGAUCUGUUCACCAAGCCUAAGAAGAUGUUUAAUACCUGCUUGUGACUAGUUCCCCCCUCCCUGGGCAGUAUUGACUCCGGCUAGGCUGGGAGACAGGCCCAUUGGCUGCUAUAAGCUCCCUGUUAUAAGCUGCAAUAGACUAUUAUGCGGGACAAGGUGGAAGCUCUUGUGCUAGCGAUGAGUCUCUGGAGAUUGCCAGAAGAACAUCUAGGUAGGCACUGGAUGGCCUUUGCUACUGAAGGCAUCAGAGGAAAUAAAAGCAUACUCCUCAGUUGGGUCUGAUAGGAAAGAGCUUGGGACCUUCUUCCUAGCUCCUUCCGUACUUCCCUUCACUUUGUUCCCCUCUUAGUGUAGUUUCAAUGUGUGUAAAUACUGUACAUGCCUUAAACUAGCCUUUAUAACAGUAACUUUAUUCUUAUAGGCUUAUUAUGGGACUAUUUGGGCUGGUACAGGGCUUGGCUUAGUGUUCUCCAUAUGUUCCACUUCUGUAAUCUUCCAUCCUAGAUGAGAGCACCAAAAUACUUUUUUUCACUUCAAAAACCCAUUGGCCAAGGCUGCUCUGAAUGUUGCUGGGAAGGGAUCUAUAUGUGACUGAGCAACUACUCGAGUUAUGCUGCAAUCCACAUAACCUGUUUCACUAUGAAUUCUUAGUUCAGCUUCCUCUCACAGCUCUUUUUCCCAAGCUGGAAUGGUGAAGAGCUCUUGCUCUUGGAUCAAGCUCUAACUCUUCUGGUUCCAGAGUCCUUCUAUUAUGUACUUUGAGGACUGGGUAAAGUCACUGUU